AUGGACAUGAUGUUGAAUGUAUUAUGUGCUAACCAUGUGGUGAUGGUGGAGGUGGUGGUGAUGAUAGCGGUGGUGGUAGAGGUGGUGGUGGUGAUGGUGGUAGCAAUGGACGCAAAGGUGGUGGUGAUAGCAGUGGAGGUGAAGGUAGUGGUGGUGGUGGGUGGUGGGUGUUGGUGGAGGUGGUGGUGA